UCUCGAACGCGCCUUAUAAUGGCUGGCCAAAAGGCACAUUUUUACUAUUUUGUGUUUCUGGCAGGGAGUUUAUGUUGCGUGUUUGGAAGCAACGAAAAUGACUACGACCAUUUAGGGAAAGUUAUUUCCGAUAGAUCAAAAGAAUACUACGAAUAUGAAUGGAGAAAUGAGGUCCACGGCGAGGUAGAUAAUGCAUCUGAGCAACCUGGAGACAAUCCCGCUGAUUUAAAACCGGUCCAGGAAAACAAAAUGGACGACAAAAAAAGUACCGAGAACGCCGCAGCACAGUCCCAGAAUCAGAGUAUGGCAAUGCAAUCUGAGUCGCCAAAGCCAAUUCAAGAUGAAUAUCACGACCUACUCAAAAACUGGCGGGCAUUACUAGUUUCUGAGGAAUUCGACGCUACGAACGUCGCCGCAGUCAAAUUUGUAAACAAAUUAUCCGAAGAGGCAGAAUCUCUGUAUAGAAACUUAGACAAAAAGUCAGUACAGAGAGUAUUUAUGGCAAACCGAGGUAGGAGAUACACGCUCAGCGGAUAUGACCACCCAAUUUCGGAAAUUACUGAAACUCGCUACAGCAUACGGAACUAAAGGAACGAAAUAUUACAAAGAUCUAAAAAUCUUGUCCGCAGUGAAAAACGGUCUAGAUUUCAUGGUAAAGUCGAGAAAGUAUGACGGGGAAGAGUAUUUCGGGAACUGGUGGGAUUGGCAAGUUGGUGUGCCGCAAAUCUUUAUUGACAUCAUUAUGAUCAUCAAUGAUAAAUUACCAAUGGAGAAAAUUCAAAGUUACACAAACGCCAUCAGUAAUUAUGUACCAAAUCCGUAUAGUCUUUGGUAUACGUUCUACCAAGAAACUAAUAUUCACGUCAAUCACAGUACCUAUUAUAAUGCUUCUGGGUCACAGAAAGCUGAAUUAGCCAAGAACUCUCCUGGGUUUAGGAAUUUUACAGGAAAACAAAACCAAACUAUUAGAAUCCCUAGACAGCGCUAGGGAAUUAUUGAAGAUAGUGACGAAAGGCAAUGGAUUUUAUCAAGACGGAUCCUUUGUUCAUCACCACAAUGUUCCUUAUACCGGGUUGUUUGGUAAUGUAUUAGUAAAAAAAUUGGGUGAAAUUUUAGUCAUUAUUAAGGGUUCCAAAUAUGAAAUGGCGCGGGAUGCAGUAGAAUCAUUUAUUGACUGUGUAGAGCGUGCUUUCGUACCACUCAUCUAUCAGGGGCAAAUGAUAGCGCCAGUCAAUGGUCUCGCGAUUUCUAGAUCACCUCUAGCUACACAAUUUCGUAACCAGGUAGCGACAAUGUACAAUUUAUUGGUUAUAGCUCAAUUUGCGUCAACUGGAACUGAGAAUAAACUUAAAGAAGCUGUUAAAUACUGGAUGCGGCAAAAUCCAAAUUAUUAUUUAUCAAACACAAGAAACUACAACGAGCUUCUGAUGAUAAUAAGUUUAUUAAAUGAUUCUGCCAUUAAAGGAGACCAGUUGCCGUUUGUUGGUACCAAAAUGUAUGCUUCAAUGGACCGUUUCGUACAACAAACUCCUAAAUACAUGUUAGCUUUAAGUUUAUAUUCUAAACGCAUUUCAGCGUACGAAGCUGGAAACAAAGAAAACAAACGUGGAUGGCACACUGCGGACGGUGCAAUGUAUCUCUAUAAUUAUGAUAAUCUUCAAUUUGGUGACUCUUAUUGGCCAACGGUCGAUCCGUAUAGAUUACCAGGUACAACCGUCGAUACUAGAUAUCUAAAUGAUGAAGUGGCAGACUAUUCUGACUUUAUGUCGAAUGAGGAGUGGGUGGGUGGUGUGGCCAACUCUAACCAAGCGGUGGUUGGAAUGGCUUUGAAUAAAGAAGGCUUUAAAAGCAAUUGGCGGCCUUUGGCAAUGGAUCUUAAAGGGAAGAAAUCGUGGUUUAUUGUGGAAGGGCAAAUCAUAGCAUUGGGUGCUGGAAUUACUGGAUCAACCGAAGCAACUAUCGAAACCAUUGUAGAAAAUCGGCUUUUAGGUGACCUGUACGGUAAUAAAGUUUUAUCUAACAGCCAAGAAAUAACAUCAACAAGUGCAGGAAUUGAUGCAGAUUGGCUAUUGUUGGAAUCCGGCAAUAACAAUUUAUCGAUUGGUUAUUAUUUUCCUGAUGGUGAAAAUGUCGAUGUUAUAUAUGAUGCACGAAGCGGAAACUACAUGUAUAUAAAUGAAGCAACCCCAGCUGUUGACUACUAUGGCAGAUAUGCCAAAUUUAUAAUUAAUCAUGGACAAAGCCCUGUGGACGCCAAAUACGCAUAUGUUAUAUUGCCAGGAAUCAAACAGGACGAAUUGAAAGAAUAUGUUGAAAGCCAACCUGUCCAAAUUUUGGAAAAUUCAGCACAAAUCCAAGCGGUACAAUUAAUAAACGAAGGUUACUUGGGUAUUAACGUGUGGAGCGAGACAGGUGGUACCAUUGAAGGAAUAAGCAGCGACAUGCCUGUGUCUUUAAUGAGACAAACACACGAUUAUAUAGAUACAUAUGUCGUGUCAGAUCCCACGCAAUCAGACAGGGUGGUAACGAUAAAAAUACCCGAUUUUUCGAAAGUGGCCACAAUGAGCGAAGGUGUAUACUAUGAUGUAAAAAAUAAUGCGUUUACAGUUGAUUUUACGAAUGACAGAGGGGCAAGCAAACAAUUUACAGUGUACAAUGAAGUCAACAACUUUUGGCCUUAUACAUCAAUGAAAUUAGACCAGAAGGAUGAUGACAUGUUUCCGGAUACCUUUGACCAGUAAUUGCUGAAUCCCAUAAGCUUUAGCUUAGCCGUAGUGUAGGACGAUAAAAAAUGAAGGCAAAUAAUGUGACUCAAAGUAUACAAUAGUGCAUUACGAUACAAGUGCGAUAAAUAAAAGUUCGAAACAAGUAAGGAUAAAUUAUAACAAGAACGCGGAGAGUAGGUUAUAUAGCUCCGUAUGUACUGUAAACAUUAUUCCAAUAUCUUUUUUGUAUUUUGUAAUAAAUUGUAGCUUUCA